UCACACGGAUUCCUGACACUCCCGCGUUGGCUUGUCUUAAAAAAAUUCUCUAUCGUAGUGUUUAAUAGUGAAGUUACUGUUUGAUGAAAACGAUUUGUGUGUGGUUUAUAUUUGCUGUAUUAUAACGGGAAGGUAUGCUAAGUUGUGCAUCCCCCGCCGGCAUGCCGCCAGCAACGCAUGCGCAUACAUCUUCGUGGGGCAAUCUUUUACAACAGCCUCCUAUCAUUAAAUCAGAGCCAAUGGAAGACGGAAGCUUCGCGAAGGAACAAACUAGCGGCUUCUACUCAGAAGGUUUUCACAGUGCAUCACCAUCAUCUUCAAGCAAGGAUUCUAACGGACACUCACCAAGAAGUGUCGGAAGCGGCGGAGAGCCUGCAUCAUUCUAUGACACCAUGACACUCAAGGCUAAGGCUAAUCUCGGUAUGCAUUUGGAUGCUUAUCGUAAUGGACUGCCUUAUAGUUUACUCACUCCGCCUGGUUUUGAGAAUCGUGCUGCUGAUGAACGCGGAGCUUCUCCAAGCUACGAGGCUUCGUAUUCCCCAAGGACUUUACCUAACCCUGUCCAUGUGUCAACACCAAUAUCGCGAGCAGACGCUACACCACCGAAAUCACCAAGAACCCCUUCCUCGCCUGAUAGAGAUCAUGAAAGAAAAACAUUCGAUCGCUUUCAAGAUUCUGGCUUUGAUGGUAUGGGCCAAAAUAAAAAUGAUGACGAGGGUAGAGAGGGUUCAGGAUUCGAAGAUGAUUUCGAUGAUGAACCCGGCCUGCGUGUCCCAGCUGUUAACUCUCAUGGUAAAGUAAAAACUUUCAAAUGCAAACAGUGUGAAUUUGUAGCCGUCACAAAACUAAGCUUCUGGGAACAUAGUAAAGAGCACAUUAAGCCUGAGAAAAUGCUAACAUGCAGAAAAUGCCCCUUUGUCACAGAAUAUAAGCAUCAUUUGGAAUAUCAUAUGAGGAAUCACUUGGGAUCAAAACCCUUCCAAUGUUCACAAUGCUCUUAUUCCUGUGUUAACAAAUCCAUGCUUAACUCACAUCUGAAAUCUCACUCAAAUAUAUACCAAUACCGUUGUGCCGAUUGUAACUAUGCGACAAAAUACUGUCACUCUCUGAAACUUCAUUUACGGAAAUAUAAACACAGUCCAGCUAUGGUGCUAAAUUUAGAUGGGACGCCCAACCCUCUCCCAAUUAUCGACGUAUACGGCACUCGGCGUGGACCAAAACAAAAGCCAUUAACGAAAAUGUUCGAACAACAACCAUGUAGUAACAGUCAGUCGCAACAUCCACCGCCGACGCAUUCUCUAUUUGGCAGUCAUUUCCCUGUUAAUUUACCAUACCUACCACCACUACUACCUCCAUCAUUUCUGUUCCCACCGAAUAACAACUUUGAACAAAGAACUUCACCCAACUUAUCUGAAACAAGGGAGAUGAGACAGUCUAUUUCACCACAAUCAAUUCUACAACAACGUUUGUCAUAUUCCGAACGCCCGUCGGAGAACAACCCGUCUCCUCCUCCAGCGAAAUCUCCGGCUACCUCUCCCCAGACACCCACAUCUCAUACGAACACUCAAUCACAAGGAAACGGUGCUCUAGACCUAACUAACACUAAAACGAGUGAAGCAGGGUCCCCUCCGCCAGCAGAACGCCCAACACCAUUAACACCUACCACGGCUUUGAAAAAUCGUCGAAAAGGCCGCGCAUUUAAAUUGCAACCGGCAGCCUUAAGACUACAACAUGAAGAUAAUAAAAUGGAAGCUGAAGGAUCAGAUGCAGAAUCAGAAGCUUCAAAUGAAGUUCCAUCGUUGUCGUCCGCCCACAAUGCGUAUACCUGCCAGUAUUGUGACAUUACAUUCGGCGAUCUCACUAUGCACACAAUACAUAUGGGAUUCCAUGGAUACAAUGAUCCCUUUAUGUGUAACAAGUGUGGUGAGCGGAGCCCCGAUCGUGUGGCAUUUUUCAUUCAUCUCGGUCGAGCCCAACAUGCCUAGCUCCCCAAAAUGCCGUCUCCUCCCUAGUCAGUGCGUACUUGAGCUUUUGUGUUUAAAGUAGGGCUGUAGAAAUAAAAAUAUAAUAUAAAUUAUGCUUAUCUGUAACCAAAGACAACAUUGUCCUAUUGUAGAUUAAAUAGAUAUUUUGGAAUGGGCUAGAUUAUAAGUAGUUGUAAAAAGGAUUUGCCACAAAUGUAUAAACUAUAGAAUAUAGUCAUUUAUAUAACCAUGUGUUAAAGUAUAGUUUAAUAUUAAUGUAUAUUAGGUGAAAGUGACCAAACGUUUACGAAGACUGUGUCUCUUAAUAAGUACAAAUUGUAGUCACUUUGUGUGACUUUUCUUUAAGCUGUGUACAAUGUUAACUGCGGUGAAGUUACCUAUUAGUAUAACGUUAAAAUUAGCCAUAGUUGGGUUCGAAAUUGUAUUUUAACGUUACGUGUAAGUCUAUCAGAGUGUAACUAUUUAUAGAAGAGAUUUAUUUUAUUAAUUUAUUAUUUAGUGUACUUUUCCUAUUGUUUCCUUAAUAUAAUUGGUAUGAGUUCUGUCGAAGG